AUGUCUCUCGUACUUCACAAUGAAGCAAUUUAUGACAUAUGCAAUCAAAAAUUAGAUAUUGAGCGACCAACCUACACCAAUAUAAAUAAAAUAAUUGCACAAGUAGUUUCUGGCAUGACAGUAUCCCUAAGAUACUAUGAUUCCUUAAAUGUAGAUUUAUAUGAAUUUAACAAAAAUCUAGUACCAUUCCCAAAAGUGCAUUUUUUGCUUUCAUCUUAUGCUCCUUUUCUUUCAACUGUGCGAGCAUACCAUAAAGACCCAUCAGUUUUUGAUAUAACAGAUUUAGCUUUUGACAGCGCACAUAUGAUGGCAAAAUGUGACCCAACAAAUGGAAGAUAUAUAGCCUGCAAUUUAAAAUAUAUGGGAGAUGUAAUACCAAAAGAUGCAAACGCAGCAAUAAUUAAAGCGAGAGAAAAACUUAGGAUUCAGUCUGCUGACUGAUGAUAUGUAGGAAUAAGAUGUGGAUUUUGUUAUAAUGCGCAAUAG